CUUUUCCCUGUCAUCCAGGCAGCAGAACUUCUACCACCUGGUCCUCGUCCCUCACUUGUUUGGGACUUCAUGACAUAGUAACUCCUUGUAGCAUCGGUGGAGGUGGAGGUGGGAAGAGAAGCCUGCUGAAGACUGAUUGCGGGGGAAGUAUUUUCUGAGGCCAAGAAGUCCUAUCAGCCACUGUCUGCAAGGUGGAGCCCAGGAAUGCUGCCUGGGGGCCUGGGAACAGGAACUCCAAGGUCCAAGGUAGAUAGGCCCUCAGAAUAGAGAGGGCUUCCUCCAUGCUGUCUGGUUACACGAUUGUUUUCCCACCAUCCAGUCAGCAACCCCAUACUGAAAUGCUCGGCGCUCCUGUGUGUGUGCAGGGGAGGCUACAGUAACAAAACCAGAGAGCUUCGACCUGCUGAACCGGGAAUCCGAGGGGAGAAGGUGUUCUGAGUGUCUCUCUCCCUGGCUAAUCGAUGACUGUCUUCCCUCUGUUUCUUCUCAUCGCCUUCCAAGUAUACUUGCCUCUGCGAGUCGAUUCCCCCUUGAUAAAGACACUAAUUACAUUGAAUUAGGGUCGACCUUAACGACCUCAUUUUAACUUGAUUGCCUCUGUAAAGACCUCAUUUCCCCCAUAGUGCUGCCUGCUGAGGACCUGCUAGUGGUGUGGACUCCAAUCUGUUUCCAAGAAACACAAUCCAAACUGUAUUCUGUCAGAUCUCAACAGUAUCUGGUGCACACACUUGUGCGUGAUGCACACAGUGGCUCAAAAAAAUCCUUUCAAAGGGUUAGGGUUCAGAAGGUGGCAGCUGCCCGUGGAUGGUUUAGGGGCUCCCCAGCUCCUGGCUGCUCUACUUUAAAAAGUGAGGCAGACAGCUUGAUGGUGGGACAUCCAAUGAGAUCAGUGAGGCUGUGGAAGGAAGCAUCGUCUGGGUCUCUGGUAUCUGGCCCUAGGUAAUUCACUGGAUCUCUCUAACACUGUUUUCUUGGUCUGAAAAAUACCACCCAUCUGCAGACUGUGGAUCAAAGGCACUGAAUUUGGAAUCUGGAUCCUAGCAGUGAGUCCCCUGUGGGGACCCAGUAGUGAACCAUGCUCUGCUUCCCUUCUGAGAGCCAAGCAGUGGUGAUAACUCACACUCAGCCUUCACUGGAGACAGACGAUGCUCCCCUCACAGAGGUAACCUUGACGGGCCAGGUUAUGAGACCUGACUUUCAAGGAGAAUGGCCAGAAAGUUUGCAAGGUGUCGAAGAGUACUUCAGUUUCACAGGAUUGCAGUGCUCCCAAGGAAAUGAAUAAACCACCAACCAACAUCUUGGAGGCAACGGUGCCGGGCCACCGGGAUAGCCCUCGAGCACCUAGGACCAGCCCUGAGCAGGAUCUUCCUGCGGCAGCCCCCGCGGCCGCUGUCCAGCCGCCACGUGUGCCCAGGUCGGCUUCCACCGGCGCCCAAACUUUCCAGUCUGCGGAUGCGAGAGCCUGUGAGGCACAGCGGCCUGGAGUAGGGUUUUGUAAACUUAGCAGCCCCCAGGCACAAGCGACCUCUGCGGCCCUCCGGGACUUAAGCGAAGGGCACAGCGCACAGGCCAAUCCCCCUUCCGGGGCCGCUGGGGCUGGCAACGCUUUACACUGCAAGAUUCCAGCUCUGCGUGGCCCGGAGGAGGACGAGAACGUGAGUGUGGGCAAGGGCACGCUGGAGCACAACAAUACCCCAGCCGUGGGCUGGGUGAAUAUGAGCCAGAGCACAGUGGUGUUGGGUACCGAUGGAAUCGCGUCGGUGCUCCCGGGCAGCGUGGCCACCACUACCAUUCCGGAGGACGAGCAAGGGGAUGAGAAUAAGGCCAGAGGGAACUGGUCCAGCAAACUGGACUUCAUCCUGUCCAUGGUGGGGUACGCAGUGGGGCUGGGCAAUGUUUGGAGGUUUCCCUACCUGGCCUUCCAGAACGGGGGAGGUGCUUUCCUCAUCCCUUACUUGAUGAUGCUGGCACUGGCUGGCUUACCUAUCUUCUUCCUAGAGGUGUCCCUGGGCCAGUUUGCCAGCCAGGGUCCUGUGUCUGUGUGGAAGGCCAUCCCAGCUCUGCAGGGCUGUGGCAUUGCGAUGCUCAUCAUCUCCGUCCUCAUAGCCAUCUACUACAACGUCAUCAUCUGCUACACGCUCUUCUACCUGUUUGCUUCUUUUGUGUCUGUGCUGCCCUGGGGAUCCUGCAACAACCCGUGGAACACACCAGAAUGCAAAGACAAAACCAAACUUUUACUAGAUUCCUGUGUUAUCGGUGACCAUCCCAAGAUACAGAUCAAGAACUCUACUUUCUGCAUGACUGCCUAUCCGAACUUGACCAUGGUUAACUUCACCAGCCAGGCCAAUAAGACAUUUGUCAGCGGGAGUGAAGAGUACUUCAAGUACUUUGUGCUGAAGAUUUCUGCAGGGAUUGAAUAUCCUGGUGAGAUCAGGUGGCCCUUGGCCUUCUGCCUUUUCCUGGCCUGGGUGAUUGUAUAUGCAUCGCUGGCAAAAGGAAUUAAGACAUCAGGAAAAGUGGUGUACUUCACAGCCACCUUCCCUUAUGUUGUCCUGGUCAUCCUCCUCAUUCGAGGGGUCACCCUGCCUGGAGCUGGAGCCGGUAUCUGGUACUUCAUCACACCUAAGUGGGAGAAACUCACGGAUGCCACGGUGUGGAAGGACGCAGCCACUCAGAUUUUCUUCUCCCUGUCUGCGGCCUGGGGAGGGCUCAUCACUCUUUCUUCUUACAACAAAUUCCAUAACAACUGCUACAGGGACACGUUAAUUGUAACCUGCACCAACAGUGCCACUAGCAUCUUCGCUGGGUUCGUCAUCUUCUCUGUCAUUGGCUUCAUGGCCAACGAGCGCAAAGUCAACAUUGAGAAUGUGGCUGACCAAGGGCCAGGCAUUGCAUUUGUGGUUUACCCAGAAGCCUUAACCAGGCUGCCUCUCUCUCCAUUCUGGGCCAUCAUCUUUUUCCUGAUGCUUCUCACGCUUGGACUUGACACCAUGUUUGCCACCAUCGAGACCAUUGUGACCUCCAUCUCGGAUGAGUUUCCCAAGUAUCUGCGCACACACAAGCCUGUGUUCACCCUGGGCUGCUGCAUCUGCUUCUUCAUUAUGGGCUUCCCAAUGAUCACACAGGGUGGAAUCUACAUGUUUCAGCUUGUGGACACCUAUGCUGCCUCCUAUGCUCUUGUCAUCAUUGCCAUAUUUGAGCUUGUUGGCAUCUCCUAUGUGUACGGCUUGCAGAGGUUCUGUGAAGACAUCGAGAUGAUGAUUGGAUUCCAGCCCAACAUUUUCUGGAAGGUCUGCUGGGCGUUUGUCACACCGACCAUUUUAACGUUUAUCCUUUGCUUCAGCUUCUAUCAGUGGGAGCCCAUGACCUAUGGCUCCUACCGCUACCCUAACUGGUCCAUGGUGCUUGGAUGGCUGAUGCUCGCCUGCUCCGUGAUCUGGAUCCCGAUUAUGUUCGUGAUAAAAAUGUAUCUGGCUCCUGGGAGAUUUAUUGAGAGGCUGAAGUUGGUAUGCUCGCCACAGCCGGACUGGGGCCCAUUCUUAGCUCAGCACCGCGGGGAACGCUACAAGAAUAUGAUCGACCCCUUGGGAACCUCGUCCCUGGGACUCAAGCUGCCAGUGAAGGAUUUGGAACUGGGCACCCAGUGCUAGUCCAGUAGUGUGGAUGGUCCCGUAUUAAUCCUGGGCUUCCUCUCUGCCUCCCCUCCACACUUUCCCCAGAUUUAUUCCCAGUUUUCUUCUUUCUCCCCACACCUCGGUUCACAGCUGUGCAUGAGAGUGUUCCAUAGAAAAGUAGGACCUAACGUAGCAUGCCGUAGUGAGAGCCACACAGACCGCUGACAGCGCCGUCUGUGUCUGUGCUCUCAGUUUCUGGAAGGAUUGGUCCCCUGCUCAGGUUUCUUCCUUCAUCCUGCAGGGGUGGGUUAAUCAGGUGAAUGCUGGCAGGUACAUGGUUUGACGGUAGAGAAAUCGCGUCGUGUGUUCUCAUUGCCGGAAGUUGUAGGGCGCGGGGGAGAACGCGGACUUCCAGGGCUGUUGAUUGGACUCAUCGGCACCGUCCAACUGAGCUGGACAACGCAGUGAUCUCACGCAGAAGCUGAAAGUUCAGGUCAGGUGCGUUUAGGGGGAUGGCAGCACUGGAGAUUGUUCUGGAUGCAGACGUGGCUGGUAGGGAGACUUGGGCACCGCUGAGUGGUUUCAUUUGCGUAUCCAUUUCCUUUAUUUUGACCAAAUAGACCGUGCGUUCAGAUGCUUCACCUCUCUAUGCUGUGGAUCUGAAGGGACUGUCCGUUCUCUCGCCGGCAGUCUUUCCUUGCUUCCUUCUUUCUCUCUUUCAUCCUUUCUUCUCCCUCCUCCCUCCCCUUACUCCUCUUCCCCCUCCUCCUCCGUCUCCUCCUCCUCCUUCGGUAAUGACACCUGAGAGUUAAUUCUCUGCAUCUUUUCUUUCACUCUCUGCAUAAGAAGCUAUGUUUUCAUUUGCAUGUCAGCUUCUGUACCGCUCCUGUACCUGCCAUGAUGUCUUUUGCACCAUGGUUCAGCAUCAUGACACGCUGUCUCUUUGCCUCCGAGUCACUUUCUAUAAGCUGUAGACAACCUUGUCAUCCAGCCUAUUGAGCAAUGAGACCUAACCCAGUUCUAUCUAUAUAUUAUAUACGCGUGGGACCCAAACUCUUAAAGGACACUUUCUCAAUUUUUACUCCUUUUUAAGUGACAGUAAACGCCAAUUGUGGCCAUAGGGAAAUCAGAGAAGUUAAGAGGUUGGUUAAAAAGCAACCAUGUGACUCCUCAUCCCUGUGACUGUACAUCUUAGGUCAUGGUAUUGCCAGAACUUUCUGAUAAAUACAGCUUAGUUAGGUAGCGAGUAAGCUGAUUAAGACUAUAGCUUUUAAGACUGCAUUUAGCUAGUUCAGUGUCCAGAACUCUAUGUCCACGCUGCUCAAUGUAACUGCCCCGUAGUGAGAACAAGCCACCGGUCGGCAGAGCCUGGCCAGGCCAUACCUUUUGAUCCACUGUGUCCCGAGCAGGCACAGGCAGUGCUAGGCACACAUAGUGCCAGUGGUAUUUUCUGCCUUCAUGAAUAUCUUAUGAAUCACCGCAGAGAUGGCAAGUUUAGAGUAGCAUAGUCCGGGCUUUUUAUUUCUCCCUCUUACAGUAUUAAUAUCGCGCAACCUAAAAUCAUUUCCUCUAGGGGAGACGGGUUCAAUCAUUUUCUUAUUAGUUUGUCUUCCUAUAACAGGGUCUCAGGCAAAGUUUUCAGUUCAGAUCUUGUAUAUUGACGUGACAUUUUCAUCCUGUGCAGUGGCAGCGGCACCACGACAACAGACUCUAAUGUACCAUUUUAGAAAUAGGACUCCGUCUGUGUAAUGUAUCCGAAGUCAUUGGCUUGAACUCUCCUUUCCUAGGGCAAGUGCUCGCACUCCCCGCCAACAGUGAUGGGUACUUGUGUUUCCCAGAGUCGCCCACGAUAGGUUUUAGGGAAGGGAACAUAGUGGGUUUUGAACUACUGGCUCUGGUGUCUUUGCUAGCAGGGCUUUCUCUCUUCCUCUUCUAGUUUCUCUUUUCUCCUAGUUUCCCCAAGCUAGGUCUUGCUAGGCUGUCACAGUGACGGAACCUCAGGCUUCCCCGCUUCAGGCAGAUGAGCUGUGGACUCAUCUCUCUACUGUCUGCGCUUAUCUAUCAUCUGUUUCCCCGAGAAAGCCAUACCCACGAGAGGCCCCGUUCCUGCACCAGCCUCUCCGGGCAGUGCCGUGACUUGGGUGGUGUGUGUGUGAGUGGGGAGGCCAGUUUGGAAACUCCCUGCAGCCCUGCCAGUUUGCAGGUUGAAGAAAAGCACAAAGCUUGCCCUAAGCACCCAUGGGAUUUGUGCUUGUGUUGGGAUGAAUGGCUUCUGGCUUCCUGUUUCCCUACGGGCUGGAACUGGGAUUGGUGCUGGGUGCCAACCCAAUUUCUGCUACAUUUUUGCCUCCGUGAUUAAAAGAAGAAUGCGGGGAGCCCUGGACACUGCCAGAUGUGAAUUGAGAGUCAACUUACUCGUCAGAAUGAGGACAUCGUCGGUUAGCAUGGUUUUAACUGGAGGAGCUGUAAGCUGGGUCUAGAGGGAUACGUUUAAGAAAGACCUAGAAGCUGCCCCUGAGUCCAUUUUGUCGUAGUUGCUUUGCUUCUCUUUCCCUAGUUAGACCGUUUAGAAGGACAGAGUCAGACAAAAGGUUCCGGACUUGCCUGGAAACCACUGGCUCUGAAGUUAGUUUUGGCCAUUCAUUGACUGCCAUGUUCAACUUCAAGGCUCUCCUCGGCAGGAUCAAGGGUGUCUGAAGGAGUCUGUUCAUGGUGCAUCUCAGUGCUGCACCUCCUGAGGAUUUGGUUGCGAUACUGAGAGCUGAUGAAUUGUUUUCACAAUACUAAAAUGCACAAUCAGUUGGAAGAAAAAAAAGAAGGAAUUCACAGACAAUGAGAGAGCGCUGUUAAAACUGCCACCUGAAGUUCUCCCCCCUGACAAUGAAGGAGAGAAACAAUGUUGCUUUGCCAAGACUUGGGUUCCCUGUGCAGACUGCUGGGGAGUUUUCCAUCAGAGAGAUGAUUUCAUAACACCACUUUACUAAACCCAUUCAGAGAAAAACAAGCCAUAUGUGAAAACUAGUAACCCCGUAAUAUCCUUAAAACAGAAAAGCAUCAAAUAUUUAUUAACUCUUCGUGUCGUGGUUUCUUAUGCAAACCUUUGUCUAAGCGUCUUGCCCACUAGAAACUUCUUCUAAUCUCCUUCCGGCUGUGUUUUUUUUGUGAACAAGUGUGUCCGAUUCUGGUCUUCCCUGGUUGUUGUUUUAUCUACCCUUGUCUGUUUCUUUACUGCAUGAUAUCCGUGGUCAACGCAAAAUCCUAGUGACCUUGACGGCUUUGGAAUUUUUGAUGUGAUUUUAAUGCGUGAGAGUUGCAAUUGAUGUGUACUUCAGGGAAUGGCACUUUAGAAAGAGUGGGCUGGAAGGCCUUGGGUUCGAUGACACUCAGACUAUGUCUAUGCAGAGGCAGCACUGAGGGGGUCAGGGUUUUGCUUCUCUUCUGUUAUCUACGUGUGCCUCAGAGCUUCUCAGUUCCUUUCUGUCAGCAUGGGCUUCCCAUGUCUUAAAUGGACAUUUUGUCUUUGUCUCCUUGGCUGUGGUCAUUGUCCCCUUCCCAGAGGCUAGUACAGUAACCAUUGCUCGAUGGAUGUGCAAUAGCAAGGUCAUCCUGCUGGCGGUAUUGGGAUUUGGAUCUGUGACUGGCUUCUCCAAGGUUCUGACACGAGUGAGUGUGUUCAGUAGGGUACGUUGACAAGGCAUGGGGGCCAAGGCCAGUGAUCCAGUUUCCUCUGUCUCAUGAUGUAGGAUGCAGAGCUGGCCUGAGGUUUGGGAGCAAGACGUCUUGUCUUUCUCUCAUUUAGCCAUGCCUGCCUAGAAGGACCACAGUGAAAUACGGUCUUAGCACAGGUUGCUGUAAACUGCCUGCAGAGGAAGGAUUUCAGAUGGGAGUUCAUCACCCCUGAAAAGCAAGCUCAGGCUUGAUUAGCUUCUGAGGAUGACACUUCCAGGUGACCAGCUGCCUUUCAGGUAUGCUCCGUCACUAGGGUGCUGUUUCGAUGGCAACUGGGAACUGCCCUGUCUCUCAUUUGUCUGUGUUCUUUUGCACUUUAUUAUGGACCUAUCCAGGAAUAGAAGGUUGAUUCUUAAAUUGUGUACUUGGAUAAUGUCCUAAAUGCAAGCGUCUCACGUGAACAAUACUGUUCACGAAUAAAGAUGUUUCCUAGUCAGGUCCUUAUAUUUUUUCAUUGACUUUACAUGAAGAAAAUAUAUUAUGUUACAAGAUGAUGCAUCAUAUCUAUCUAUCGUAUAGAGUGCUUAUUAUAUACUGUGCAUUAUUCAUUUAAGAAGUCAUUACUCUUGAGGCCCUACCUCAAAUUUUGUAUUUAUGUGUACAAAAUGCAAUUUAUUGUAUUCUAUAUUACAUACUGAUAUAAAUUAGAGUUUAUCCUAAUAAUGUAUGAGUUCUCAAAACCCCUCAAAUAAAUGUCAGUGUUUAAAACACA